AUGAAAACAGCUAGUUGGCAAGUUAUGCGGAGAAUACAUUUGAAAGGAGUUUUUCCGCCAAUUGUAACACCUUUCAAAGGAAGUAAAUAUGAGAUCUGCUAUAAAUCAGCAGAGGAAAAUUUUUCGAAAUGGAAAAAUGAGAAAGUGAAUGGAUAUGUUACUUUGGGAAGUGCCGGGGAGUACGUGUCUCUAAAAGAGAAGGAGGCUGUCGAAUAUGUGAAGUUCGCUGCUAAACAAGCCCAUGCACAGAAUGUUCCUCUAAUUGCAGGAUCCGGAUGUGAGUCAACUGAAGCUACACAUCGACGAUGUGAUCAAUUUGCUGAAGUUGGAGCUGACGCUUUCCUUGUGAUAACCCCACACUACUUUCUACCUUUCUUGGAUGAUGCAGCCUACAUUGAUCACUAUCUAACAGUUGCUGACAAAUCGCCCAAGCCUAUUUUGAUCUACAACGUUCCAUUUUACUCACAUAUCAAUUUGAGCGCGGAUUGUGUUAUUGAACUCUCAAAGCAUCCCAACAUUAUCGGAAUCAAAGACAUUUUCGAAAAAGAAAGAACUAAAAAAAUUGCAGAGAAAACAAAAGCCUCUAAUUUUUCGAUUCUUAGUGCUUACGGGAAUUCAUUCUUGCCUGCUUUGAUGUGUGGGGCAGUGGGAUCCAUUUCAGCGGUUGCUUCGGCUCUACCUCGACAAAUGAAAACCCUUUUAGAAAAGUUUGAAUCUGGAGAACUAGGCGAUGCGGAAAAGAUCCAAAUUUCUCUCGAGAAGCCCAAUGAGAUGGUGACAAAGAAAUACGGACCAUCGGGACUCAAAUAUGCCAUGUCCUUGCUCGGUUACAAACCUGGCAUGGUGCGACCUCCUCUCCGAAACAUCGAACCAAAAUCAACUGCUGCAAAGGAGAUUGAAAGUCAUUUUCAACAUUUCUUGUAACUUUGUGGUCGAAUUAUGCGAAAAAAAAUUAAUUGUAGCCAGAUUGAAUUGUCUAAUAUUGAUCAUGUUUGAAUUUGAUGAUGUAGUUGAAAACUCUUGUAUAUUCGAGAAGUUUUAUAUGAAAAUUAGUUAUUUAAUUUUUGAGUCUAUUUCUUUUCGAGGCUAUGAAGUUUUCAUUAUUUUUAUUUAUGUUACUUUUCGAGGCUUUGUCGUUUGUCUCCUUAUAUUUUGUAGGUUAAAUUUCCACAGCAUGG